CCGAAGUGUGAAUUGAGUUAGGAGAAAUCCAAAAUGUCUUUACCAUUCUAUCAGAGGCAUCAUCAGCAUUUCGACCGAGCUUAUCGUCACAAAGAGCUAGAAUCCACACUAAGUCAAUAUCAGAAAGAAGAAAAGCGCAAGUCUGCAAUUUAUACACAUGGCUCUACUGCCUACAGUCACAGAGGUGCAUCAGCUUACCGUCAGGAGUCAGCUUUUUCUGAUCAAAAAUCCACAGAAGCCAGCCAAGAAUUAUCAGAAGCUCAUGCCCAUAAAUCUGCAGCUCACAGUAAACGAUCUGCAGCUUACAGUCUAGGAUCUGAGUUGGUCAAUAAGACAGCUGAAGCGUAUCAUUGUGGAUCUGAAUUGAUCAAUCAGAAAGCUGAAGCAUAUCGUCUUGGAUAUAAUACAUACAGCCGCGGAAGUCUGGUAGAAGAUCAUACUCUAAAGUUGAGUCCUAAAGCAAAGAGAGCUAAGCAAAGUGUAUUGUCAGAAGAAAAAGAAAACACUAUUGUUGACUAUGUUGUCCCUGUGUUCACUGGAAGAGAAAACUAUAUUACUGGAAUUACAGAUAAAGAAGAAGAAAGAAUUAAGGAAAGUGCUGCCUAUAUUGCCAGAAGGAAUCUUUUUGCUACUGGGGAAGAGGUUACUGCAACCAAAAAGAAAAUUUCCUCUUCUGUAGAAGAAGAAAAACAUGAGAAAAAAUCAAGAAAAGUAGCAAUACGGGAGACAGCUGAGAAAUUGGCUUUAAAAAAAACG